AUGUUCGUUGCAAGGUGUUACAAACUCACCGUAUCAACUAGUUCUUCAUCUGAUCCACUUGUGUCCCAUGGGCGACAUUUUGGUCGGACAAUGUUCGCGCUGUGCAAUUACCCUUCCCUGCUCACCAACGGCAUCUUAAGACUAGAUCAGAUGGAAGAUACGCCACUGGAGGAUUUCCCCGCUGAAGAGCGGCGAGAACAUCGUGUCUUCGAGCAGUUGUUAGAAUCAUAUCCUGGUCUUCUGGAUCGAUUAAAAGACGGCUCUGAGGAAGACAUUCUUCAUGUCGGAGAACUAAUUGGCAAAGGAGCUGCAGGCACGAAAGGCGACGACACAAAAACAUUGAAGUCUGCAAUCCUUGAUUGGAUUGCUCCGACAGGAGAAGCGAUCCAUCCUCCUUUGCACAGGAAUGUUAAGGUUGACCGUGGAUUUAAUCAUGAGCGCACAGGAUUUCUUCUUUGUCCUGUUGGAUUAGACUGGAACGACUCAGCAUAUGGUUUGACCAAAGACAGGCUACGGAGUGGCGAACUAUGGGUCUGCGGAGAUCAAUGGCCCAUUUUUGUAUACGCCAACUAUACGUAUGACCCUGAAGAUCCGUGGUUGGGUCUCCUAAGGAGCCGAUUGCUUGUAUACACGGGUGCCGCUUUCAAGCACAUCUUCACGUCCCCAAGCUCAGUCGAGAGAGAGCCGAAAGCCACGCGGUCGGGAAAUGCUCGUCUGCAUGGCAUGACCUCAGUCACCAUUGCGUCUAUCGCUUACAUUGCGACCCAGGUCUGGUUUGCGUUAAGCUCAUCUUCGGUGUUCUCAAGGACCGACACAACCACAGAUUCAGAAACGUUUUACCAUAGCCUUCUUGACCUUUUUGAAGACCCCAAAGAAUCCAAGGAAGUGGAUGAACUGACGACAUGUCAAAUAUGUCCCACUGCUUCUGCUGCCAAGCGACCAGUCUCCGCCAACAGCGCAUUAAUGAAGAUCCGACAAAGACAGCUUGCUUUGAAACAAGUCCAAGUCUCGAGUCCAAACGUGAUUUCUUCAUAG